AGAAGAUCCUGGGAAUAACACAGAGCCAAUGGAGUUGAUUGAAUUUGGGAAGAGGGGUCCAUGGUCCGUCUUAACCCUUCUACUCUUAACUAAGAAUCUCAUUCCCCUCCAGAGAAAUGGAUCACUACUGCAGGCUCUUUGGCAAGUGCUAGAGGACUCCUCUUGGGGAGAUUAUGGAAGGGAAACUAAGCAAUCUCACUACCACUUCUGCAAGAUGCUAGCACUGAUUAGUGUCUCUAGUACCCUUGGCCCUAACAGCAACAGACACAGGAAGAACUGGGAAGCCCAAAUAUUUUUAGGGAUGGCUGUUCUGUGCCUGAACAUGAUGAGAAGGAAAGGAGCAGGAAGGUCACUCAGAGGACCUUGAGUUUUCUCCUUUUUUUUUCAAAUCCUGGGGAUUUCUAGGAAAGGGUGAGAGUAGGAGGAAGAGGAGAAGGAAGAAAAAAGCCUUGUGCUGGCUUUCCGAGCAAAGGCCCCGCCCUCCCUCCGCCUAGUUAUCCCACCCACUACAAAACUGGGCUGAACCCUUCAGAGCUCUGAUGGAGCCCGAGGCCAAGUGGAACGGCUACUCAGACCAAGUGGAAAUCAGGAGGAUGUCCCCAAGAAGUCAGGGAUUCACUAAGCUGCCAGGCCAGAAGACCUGUGGGAAGAGUAUGCUUCUCCUUAUCUUUGUGCUGCUGAUCUCCAUGGCCCUGUGGGGAACGCUCCUCUUCUUGUUCCUAACCCGGUACAAAGAGAUAACCCAGGAUUUGGAGAUGCUUCGGAAGUCCUGUGUGCCUCACAAUGACUCUGGGACUGUGACUAUCAUCAAGCAGCUACAGGUGGAUCAAUGGGACUUCAAAAAUAAUGUCUCUCAGCUCUCCAACACCCUGAACAAACUCCAAGAAGACCAGACAACCAUGAAAUCUAAAGCCUCUCAGCUCUCCAACACCCUGAACAAACUCCAGGAAGACCAAACAACCAUGAAAUCUAAAGGUACUCAGUUGUCUGACCAACUGGACAGACUUGAAAAAGACAGCACAGCCUUCAAAUCGCAGGUGCUGAAUGAGAAGAAUGAUGCCAAUCAAGCUCGGGAGAAACUGCAGGAAGAGAUCCAGAAGCUCUGGAUGGAAUUCCAUAAGGCGGAUGCUUCUCAGCCUUCCCCACGACUGGACAGCCUUGAAGAAGACCCCACAGCCAGGCCAACCCAGGGCUCUGUCUGCACAAACUGCCCGGAAGGCUGGCAAUUCUUCCAGAAGAAAUGCUACUUUUUUGGGAAGGAGUCCAAGACGUGGUCCCAGGCCAAGUUUGCCUGCAUCAACCUUCAGGGCCGGCUGGUCAGCAUCAAAAGCAGAGAGGAGCAGUCCUUCCUAACCAAGAACGCCAAUAACAAAGGUUGUUGGAUUGGCCUCCGAGACCUGGACAUAGAGGGCGAGUUCCAAUGGAUGGAUGGGAGUCCCCUGAACUACACAAACUGGAGCCCAGGGGAGCCCAACAACCAGGGUCAGGGGGAGGACUGCGUGGCGAUGCGUCCCUUCAAUGGCAAAUGGAAUGAUGCCUACUGCCGGGGAUACCAGGAUAGCUGGAUCUGCGAGAAGCUGGCUACAUGCUGACCACUGACCAUGGCCCAAAGCCUACGACCUAAGGCUAGCACUCAGCUUUAGCCCUGACAUGGCAGGGUCAAAAGGUUUUUUUAUUUCUCAUCAAGAAGGAUCAGGGAGGAAUUCCCCUCCUAACCCUGGACCUAAAACUUUGUCCCUGAUCCUGCAUCCAUCCUAUCCCAGUUUCUGGCCCUCCCAUUCCCAUGGCUCUCUCACCCUCCUCCAGGACUCCUAAUCCUGGACUAGGACCCAAACCCUCCCCCCCACUCCAGGGUCCAGACCCUUCCUGAGCUGGGAGGGAAGGACAACUCUCCUCUGAGCCCUCACUUUUCCUGAGACUAAAGGAAAGGCCAGACCUCCAGUGCCAAUCUUCCCUAAACUCUCCAUCCUCCAUCCCAGGAUGUCCAGACGCUCACACUCUUAUUUGCUGCCUCACCCACCAAAGAGUCUUGGAUAGAGUUUCCAAGAUAUGGCAGGGAAGGUUGAUUUUGUCCUGGUUCCUCCCCUCCUCCCACUCUGCAUCAAUGAGUCAAAGAAUGGAGCCAGCCUCACACUGUUUGCUCAAGAGAGGAACUGUGUUCACAGGCUAGAUCAACCACAGCCCACCACUACCAGGAAAACUGGAGUUUUUCCUCAGCAACCAGAAGCCUCCUGGGUUUUCUCACUAUCUCUGGUCCUGACCUGGUCCAGGAUCAGUCUUAGGUCCAAAAGCAGCCACCCUAUUUAUAGAGAGCACUAAGGCUUCUAGCCUAGCUUAUGGCACACUAAGGGUCUAGGACUGCACACUCACCUGAGCCACAGCCAGAUCUAGUUCUCUGAGAGGCCACAUUCCACCUUCCCUUUGCCCAUCCCACCAGACCUCAUUCCUCGAGUCUCCCUAUCAUUCCCCCUCCCUCAGUUUCAUUCCUAAGCACACAAAAGGCUGAAGGUGCUCUGAGAGAAUCAUCAAAUCCUGGUCCCUAGUGUCUCCAGAAAGCUUGAAAGAACAAAAUAUAUAGCUAGGGCAGUCGGUUAUCUGCCUCCCAUAGGAUCUGGAAAUGAAUGGGUCCUUAAAGAUCAUUUGGUUCAGUCUCCUCAUCUUACAUUUGGAGAAAAUGUGGUCCAGAGAUAAGGGAUCUGCCUCAAGUCAGUAGUAAGUGGCAGAGCUGAGAUUUGGGCCCAGUUCUUCUGACCCCAAAUCCAAGGCUCUCUUCCCAGAUCCCCCGCUGCUGUCUGUCCAUGUCUUCCCUUCCCCAAACUCACACCUCUUUAGCUCGCUAGCCAGGGCAGCCUGCCAUGGCCCACCAGAGCCUUGCUGGACAAGGCUCUUUCCUUCUCUGACUCUAUUUGCUCCUGUAUACAAAAGACAAGCUGGCCAGGCUUCUAAAGGCCCUUCUGGUUCUCAAUCCUGUAAUCCAGUGCUCACUGAAAGAAUAGUGACAGCAUCCCUGGGAACUUUCCCAAGACUGCUCAUAUAAGAACUAUUUUGCCCUCCCCCGCGAGCCUUUGAACUCCCAUGACCACUUUCCCAGACUUGUUUUUCCCCAAAUCAUGUUUCCUGACAUCCUCUCUCCCCAUUCCCAGUACAAGCUAGAAACUCCUAUCUGCAACUGCUGGCAACAAAAGCCUCCUGCUAUUUUAUCCCGAAUUCUCAGCUCAUUUUUUACACGAAUGUUCAUCAAGAAUAUCCUUUGUGGAGAAACACUCAGGACUGGGAUUUCAUUAACAGGGCUUAGCUCCCUCACUCCUCAGGCCCCCAGCUGCCCAGACUCAUAAGGAGAAUAAGAGCUGUCAAAAAGGACCACGAACUGAUUGAACUACUAAUGGAGGAACUUUUCAAACUGCCCAUGUUCAUACUGAUGCAGAGGGAUCUUCCCCACAGGCACAAGAGCCAAAUCCUCAGCUUGGAAGUACCAUUCAUUCUCCUGUUCCCCAUUCCUUCUUCAAGGUGGUUCCCUGGCAUGAGCCCUUGGACUCUGGGAGCAAGAGGCACCAAGGAAGGGGGAGAGGGCACUAACCAUGAAUGACUGCUUGGGUCAUUCAACCAUGCUCAUGGAAAUAAAGCCAUUAACUAUUGUCAUAGUCAUACUAACACUAGAAGGGGCUGAGAUCAGCAAAUCCAAAUCUCUCAUUUUGGAAAGAGAGAAAAUGAGGCUUGAAAGGUCCCCAGGCCAUGAAAUAGCCUAGUGACAGAGCCUAGGUUAGACAUCCCAGGUCUAACCACCAUGUUGCCAACUGACUUGCUGUAUGAGGAUGUGUUCCUUCUCUAGGAUUCAGUUUCCCAUGUGGGAAUUGGACUAGAUCUCAGAGAGAAAGGUAUACAAAAAUAUUUAAUUAUAGGAAUAAUUUUUAUGGUAGCAAAAAGUUGGAAAAAAGUAGGUGUCCAUUAACUAAGAUAUGGCUGAACAAAUCAUGAUAUGUGAAUGCAACUGAUUAUUUUUAUGCCAGAAGGAAUGAAAAUGAAGAAUUUGGUAAAAAUCUGAAAAGACUUGUAUGAAAUGAUUCAGUGAAAAGAGAAGAGAACUAAAACAAUAAAACUGUAAAUAAUUAUGUAAAGGAAAAAUGAUCAAAAGCAUCAGAACGCUGUAUCCCAAGAAUCUGUUCUCACCCUGAUCACCCUCUUCUUUCUCACUACCUACUAUCUAAAUUAUCUCAUCACUUCCAAUGAAUCCUAUUAUCUACAUGCACAUGGCUCCCAAAUCUAUUAAAUUCUCACUUAUCUCCUGAGCUCCAAUCCUAACCAUCAAACCUUAAUGAAGCAUCACAAUCUCAAACACAGUAAGUCUUAAACAGAACUCAUCUUUCCCCCUAAGCCCAUUCAUCUCUUCUAAUUCCCAUCCUUCUGUCCAGGGCCCCAGAACAAUUCCAAGUAGACAGUCUCACAAAUGGAAGUUAUUCUCAGUUCUUCUCAUCCACACAUUUACUCAAUUACCAAGUCUUGUUGAUCCUACUUAAGUAACAUCCUUCACAUCCGAAUCCUUUUCUCCAUUCAAAGCCUCACUCAGGCCCUCAUUACUUUUCUCAAUUACUGCAAUAGCUUUCUUGGCCUCCCUGCCUCAAGUCUCUUGCUACUCUUUCAAACAGUUCAUCUGCCUAAUAGCAGACAAGAGAAUAAACCCUAAAGCAUAGAUUUGAUGUCACUCACUGCCUUGCUUUUACAGACCCCUUUACUUUACAGAGCCUUACAAUCUACCUCCAAAAUCUCUUUUCAGACUGGGUUUUCAUUAUGCCCUCUCACACACUACAUUCCUGUAAAACUGGCCCGCUGAUAUCCCAACUCCAUGUCCUUGCCUUUUUACAAAUAGCCUAGAUCUGGGAUUCUUAAACUUUUCCCACUUGUCUUAAGAAAUUUUUAUUACUCCACUUGUAAAAUUAUAUAAUGGAAGUAUACAGAUCAAACAUUUACUGACCAUCAUAAUUUCACAACUACUAGUUUAAGAAGCUGUGAUCUAGACCACUUUGUCCAUACCUCCACCUCUUAAAAUUGUUAGAUCCUUUAAGGCUCUACUCCAGUGUACCACCUUUAAGAGGUCUUUCCAGAUUCACCCAGUUGUUUAGGUGCUCCCCACUCAAAAAAGUUGCCUUGUAUUUUCGCAUGUUUUGUAUUUAAUUGUCUGUUUAUGUUUCUUCCAUUCCAACCCUCCCCACUCCAUCCCAAGAUGACUGUAAGCUUCUUGAAGGCAAAGGUUACUCCUUGCUUGUCUUUCUGCCACUUUUAUCAGUGCCUGGCACACACACCCAAAAAACAUAAUAAAUGUUUAAUGCUUAUUUAACUGAA